UAAUGUGCACUUCCACCUUUUAGGCGACUCCGCGACACAUUCCGCAUUCCUCCCGACCUGAACAAGGCCCUGUGUGGAGUGUUUCGACAACAUCCUGGUUUGUGCUUCACCCAUUUCAUAAAUCCUUUGCCAUGAAUUCAUCUCCCCUUUCGGAGGCCAAGGCACACGCUGGGGAGCAUUAGUGACGGAGUUGGUAGGUUGUUAUCCUCCAGCCUUCUUGUUGCUCUCUAUGACGGGGAAUCUUCUGAUCUCCUCUUUCUCUUUUUCGCACCUCCGGCCUAAUGUGAUAUGCCAUGGCAUGCAAUGCGUCGAUAUUGUCUAUCCUCGCAUCGCUUUGCGUACUCUCCUUCAUUCUCCAAAUUCCUUUCCUCACACUUGCUACAUGCUAUUAUCCAAACGGUGACACCGACGACGGGCAUAAAUCAUGUAAUUCUGGCGGCGUGAGCGUGUGCUGCUCAGAGGGGAACCAAUGCCUAAGUAAUGGGCUUUGCGUAGACACGCGGUAUGAGAAUUUCCAACGAGUAUUAAGAGGCGGAUGUACGGAUUCAGGAUGGGGAACGCCAUGUCCGAGUUUCUGCAAGGCUGAAUGGAAUCAUGGCGAUGAAGCAGUGUACUAUUGCGGCAGCGGCAAAUGGUGCUGCGAAAGCCACGACUGCUGCACCAAGAGCGGCGCGCAAAUGUUGGACCUAGGAACACCACAAGUGGUAGCAACGGCGGAUAAAGAUACGAAUAACAACAACGCACAGCCGACCAGCGCAGCGCUAGUAAACGUGCAGCAAUCUUCCGCGCCUCCCGCCAACACCCAACCACCACAGCAACAGACAUCACAGCAACAGCAGCAACAAGCUCCAGCAUCCUCACCACCCUCCGAGAAGAAAGACACUCCUAAAGCAUCCUCCACCCCGCCUCCUUCCAGCCCCUCAUCAAAAUCAAAUGACGCUGCAAGGACCUCACCGUCUACAUCAAGCCCAACGUCCCACGACCCUAAAGCCACCGCAUCGAAAGCCCCCGCUAACGAACCGGCAACAAUAGUCUUCAUCUCAGGCUACUCCAUAAUCUCCCCGGGCACCUCGUCCACCACAUCCUUCGCACCCCCCGAAUCCACCAUUCCACCCCCAAAACAUCCUAUAAAUCCCGCGGUAAUCGGCGCAGGCGUAGGCGUAGGAGGCGGCGUAGUCGUCUUUCUAAUCCUCUUCUUCACAUGCUUUUACCUCCAACGCCGCAAGCGUCAGAAGGAAGGGUUUUCAAGAGGCACUACAAGGCGGUCAAUUGCAACAGGGGACUCGGAAGCGCCGCUUGAUGUGGCUGGGAUACAUGGACGGUCGCGGAAUAGAUAUGGGAGGGGAAGUGGGGUAUUGAUUGAAUUGGAUGCGGAGAGGGUUAUUGAGUUGCCGUCGGAGACGGAGGCGAAAGAGUUGGAAGGGAAGGGGAAAGGGGAGAAAGAUUUAAGGUUUUUGAAAACUUGGUGAUGGGAGAUUGGAGGUUAGGUUUUGGAUUUUGGAUUUUGGAUUUCGUGCAUAAGGAAUAGCUAUCUAGAUUGGCUGGGUUUGCAUUUGGUUUGGAUUGGCGUUUGGGGGAUUUUGU